CAUGCCACCAACAUCUGCCUCUGACACUGUGGGACAACAUCACAAAAUAGGAGGCAUUACUUUUGGAGCCACCCUCGUGAAUUCUAAUAUUUUUGUUUAUACCUCAAAUACUUCUGCUUAUCCUUCAAAUAUUAUUCUCAAAACCACAAGGGUUCUGCUUUCAUGGACAUGUAAGCGCAUCAAACAUUAAAGAGCAAGGCAAUUACAGUGGGGCUGAUGAAUUCUUAAUCUCACGAACAGCAGUAAAUUGAGGGAGAACACAGUCUCAUCACUGGUCGUUCCUUUGUGAUUAAGUAUUAGAUAUCUGCAAUGUCAAACAUUCUGUAGCCCUAUUUAUUUGAUUAAUUUAAUUGUCACUCUAAUUAAUUUAAUUAUUUCGUAGCAAGGGUUGAGAGGUGCAUUCACGGCUCUGUAGGGAGCUCGGCUGAUUCUCAGCUUCGUACUUCGCCGAGCGCUUACAAAGCCACUGCCCUUCUCGUUCGGCUGUGUCUGAGUGAUGGAUGCGCCCUCUGCUCGCUUCUGCCUCCGUGCCGCUGUUCGCAGAUUAACACAGGGGAUGGGAGAAAUCACAGAGCGUUAAAUUAAGCGUGUGGAUACAUUGUUGGAGGACGGACCCCUCAGUCCUUGCACUUUCGUAGCGAUGAGCACACCUAAGCACCUCUGACUUGCGGAGGGGAAAGGAAGAAAAACAGAGGAGGGGUUUGCGGGGGGUGGAGAGGGAAGGAGGAUGAAAGGAAGCUGGUUUCUCCGGAAGCCAAGUAAAAAUAUGGAGUAGGGGGAGGCAGUAGAGGGGUCUUGCAGGUUUGUUGCUCGGCGGAACGGACCCAUCCUUACAAAGCAACUUCUGAAUCUCCGGGAGAGGCUGGGCCCGGAUCUCCUCGUCCCGCAGAGCGGCGGGUUCGUGCCGCGGGGCUGUGCGUGCCGCUCCACGGCCUCCCCCCGCGGCUCCGGGACGGCGCCUCCUGGGCCGAGCGGCAGCCGCGGAGCGAAGCGCUUGCGCCCCGCUGAGCUCCGGGAGGCGGCAGCGGGGGCUGCACCGGGAGCAGGGGAAGCGCCCGCCUCCCUCCACUGCACUCGGCCUCGCGCUGACAGCCGCGCCGCGGAAACCGCCCGAAAAGAGAACUUGUGCGUCCCCGGCUGCCGCCCCGCUGCUCGCAUCCUCUCCUGCAGCGCAUCCGCCCGCCCUCCGGGCGCUGCCCUCCCAUCCUGGGGCUUGGGGCCGGCCCGCCUGCUCCGAGCCGGGAAGCUCUUUUCACUCAGAGGGGUUUUGUCGCUCGCGGUGUGCCGAGGGGAGGCACCGUCCUUAAGGCACCCAAGCCUCACCCUGCGGGGGAAGGGAGUUGGGUGGGGGCAAGCCAGGAAGGGAGGAUCUCCGCGGCUCUCCUAAAAUCAAUCAGCAGGCUGCAAGGAGGAAGAGUUUGGCACUUCGCAGGCGAGACUGGGCUUGUUUUCCCCAGCGGGGAUGCCGCUGAACUGAGAGCGGCCGCGCAAGUUGGGGGGACGGAGCCCUCCCCAUCCGCCGCUCCCCAACCCCGCUCCAGCCCCAGCCACCCCUCAAUGAGAGCUCCUGCGAGGGGAGGGCGACUCGGUGCCUGUUAGGGCUGCUUCCCCGCUGCCUGCCGGACUUCCACCCUCCGACGAGGAGCGGCGCGCACCCCGCACCCCGGAGAGUUGUCUCGGCAGCUCCGUGCUAUGGCGAGGCUGCGGAGAAGCAAACUAGCCGCUGGAUUUCUAUUACUUUUCCAGUUCCUGAGCGAACGCUACCAGCUCGCCGGCGGAGAGACGCCGAGUCAGAGCCACGGUGUGCUUUAUCAAGUUGUUCAGAGCUUCCCUGGAGUGGAGAAAAAUGUGCAAGUGGAUGCAUAUGUAAAUAGCCACAGGUGGAGAAGGCACUCAGAGUCUCUUAAAUCAGUCAGCACUAACAGAGCCAGUAUGGGACAGGAUUCUUCUGAGCCAGGUGGUUUCACAGAUCUGCUGCUAGAAGAGGGACAUGAGAAUGCCACUCAGAUCGAGGAGGAUACAGAUCAUAAUUAUUAUACUUCAAGGACAUAUGGCCCAUAUGAUUCCACCAGCCGGGAUUUAUGGGUCAAUAUAGACCAAAUGGAGAAAGACAAAGUAAAGAUUCAUGGGAUCCUCUCCAAUACCCAUCGACAAGCAGCAAGAGUGAAUCUGUCCUUUGAUUUUCCAUUUUAUGGCCAUUUUCUACGUGAGAUUACAGUGGCAACUGGGGGUUUCAUAUAUACUGGAGAAGUUGUGCAUCGAAUGCUAACAGCUACACAAUAUAUUGCACCCUUAAUGGCAAAUUUUGAUCCCAGUGUAUCAAGAAAUUCAACAGUCAGAUACUUUGAUAAUGGCACAGCACUAGUUGUCCAGUGGGACCAUGUUCAUCUGCAGGAUAAUUACAACCUGGGCAGUUUCACUUUUCAGGCCACCCUUCUCAAUGAUGGGCGUAUCAUUUUCGGCUACAAAGAAAUUCCUGUUGCUGUGUCACAGAUAAGCUCAACGAACCACCCAGUGAAAGUUGGACUAUCAGAUGCGUUUGUGGUCGUGCACAGGAUCCAACAAAUUCCCAAUGUCCGCAGAAGAACAAUUUACGAAUACCACAGGGUGGAGCUUCAGAUGUCAAAGAUUACAAAUCUGUCAGCUGUUGAAAUGAUACCUCUUCCAACUUGUCUCCAGUUUAACAGCUGUGGUCCCUGUGUCACUGCCCAGAUUGGUUUCAACUGCAGCUGGUGCAGCAAACUCCAAAGGUGCUCCAGCGGAUUCGACCGUCACCGGCAAGACUGGGUAGACAGUGGCUGCCCUGAAGAGUCAAAAGAUAAGAUCUGUGAUAAGGAUAUAGACACAACUGAAGCACCGCUGUACUCUACAACCACUCUUCAACCGACCACCACAAAGUUCCGAGUUUUGACAACCACCAGAGGAUUCAUCAGCUCCCAACUGCCAACCAGCCUACCCACAGAAGAUGAUACCAAGAUUGCGCUGCACCUAAAAGAUAAUGGAGCUUCCACAGAUGACAGCGCUGCAGAGAAAAAAGGUGGAACACUUCAUGCUGGUUUAAUCAUCGGCAUUUUAGUCCUGGUCCUCAUUGUGGCUGCAGCCAUCCUCGUGACUGUCUAUAUGUACCAACAUCCAACAUCAGCAGCCAGUCUCUUCUUCAUAGAGCGGCGUCCGAGCAGAUGGCCAGCAAUGAAAUUCAGAAGAGGAUCUGGACAUCCUGCAUAUGCUGAAGUGGAACCAGUCGGAGAAAAAGAAGGCUUCAUCGUAUCAGAGCAGUGCUAAAAUUUUUAAGACAGAACACCAGUACUGGCCUACAGGUGUAAGACAUUUACUUUGCAUCUCUAUAAAGAAAAGGAGCCCUAAGCUGCUGAUAGUAAGAAGAUUUUGGAUAAGCUUUGUUCAGGAAGAAAAACUAUCUAAGAUACCAGAUUACCAUUGCACAGUAGCCUUUGUUAGUGGACUGAGACACAGUGGUUCAUGCAGAACACUUGUCAGUGGACACUUAUGGUAUCAGAACUAUGGCACAAGUGCCACAUUAUUGGCUUUAGUAUGGUGGUGCACAGUAAUCAAAAAUAUAAUAAAGCUUUGGUGCACAAAGGGAUUACCCUGUCGUUCAAGUGUUCUUCUCUGGUAUGUCAAAGACUGAGUGACAAAUCUGUACACUUUCAGUGCAAAGAACACUGAUCAGUGUUUACAGGUGAUUGAGAAAAUUAUGUCAGUGCAAGUGAAAAAGAAAAAUAAAAGGAUUUUCCAAUAUUUCUACAAACAGAUGUGGAAGUACACUCACUUUUCAAUGCUAAAAUAGCCUACCCACCUGAGUAAGUAAACCACAAUAUAUAUGCUUUCCAGGAGUAGUACAAUGUUUCUUGUACGUUGCUGAUCAAUAUCCUUUCAAACAAUUCAUGAUAUACAAACUGAUAAGAAAUGAAGGCAACGGAGAAUUUUACAGUGGUGAAAUUGUUAUUUCAUGGGAGUUCACAAUGAAAUUGGGCUGAUUUUCAGUUUCAAUGUUCAUUAAAAAUUAAUUACCAGGUUCUUUUCAAGAGAAAUCUUUCAUUUCUGAGUGGUAGACUAAAGUCAAGGCAAUAGAUCUUUUUUAUCUGACAGAAACGUUAUAGAACAUUUCUUAGACAACAUAAUAAAAUAAUAAAAAAAAAAAAUCUGAGGAUAUUAAACAAAUGGGUUUCUAUUCUUUGCCAUUUCAAAAUCUUUCCUAAGAAGCACCACAGACUUCAGUGCAUCCUUCCCAGAGAUUCAGAUAAAAGUGUUAUUAAACCCUGCUGAUUCAUAAAAUGAUUUUGUUUAAUGCACAUAGUAGUUGCAUAAAUAUAUAUAUAAAUAUAUUUUUUUUUAAUAGCUAACACAAGGCAGGCUCUUGUGACUGUUAAGACUGCAUUUUUGUCAUUCAGACAAAGGAAACAGAUUGCAUUACUGCAUAUUUCCACUGAGUUGUAACAUAAUCCUUAAUGUUAGAAUAUUUUUAUGUUGUGUGGGGAAAGUGGUUCAUGUAGUCACAAUACCAUAACCUUUCAGCCUAUUGAAACCACUCUUUCUUUAAUGUCGACCCUUUCCUUCCAUGUAUAGGGAAAGACAACACAAUAAAUUCCCAACAUCAAAACCAGCUACUCCUUUCAUGAAAGGGAUUAGUAUAUAACGAGACCCAGAUCUUCCUUGCAGUAUAGGAAUCUAAAUGCUUUGAUAAUCUGGGCCUGAGGUAUUAAAAUAUUAAAUUCAGGUAUUAUACAUACAUUUCAUUGUAGUCACUGACUAUCAAAUUUUUAAAUAGUGCAUAAACAGAGAUACUUGAUGCAUUCUAAAGCAACAUAUACAAGAUUAGCAGUUUUGAAUCUCAAGUAGCUAAAAAAAGUGGUUGAUACUACCUUAUUAGUACAUUUACAUUUUCUGUUGAUGCUUGUAUGGUAUAAAUUUGAUUACUUGAUGCUAUUCGGUAAAUAAUACUAUUUUUUUCUGUAUUCUUAUAUUUUGCAUAACACAUUUUUUUCAUCUGUUUUACAUCAUCUAGCAUGAGACUGAAACUGUUCAAAACCUAACUGGUAUUAAUCUGAAGGUACUAACAAACAUUCUCUUGAAGCUUGGUGAAAAAUCCACAGCAAGUAUUCUUUUCCAUUUGUGUGGGCUUCUGGUAGGCCAGAUUAAAUUGUAGGCUGAUAAUUCUGAUAGCAAUAACCAAAUGUAUGCACAUACACAUUUAUUUGGUGGCACUCAUUAAAGAUAUCACUGCACAUCAUUUAGACACUUAGUUAAUGUGCAAUAUUUGCCAUCAGUUUAUUUUAGGGAUCUUGAAAUUCAUCAGCUACGAUUGAUUGGCCAAAUAAAGCAAUUGUAGAGCUUCCUUUUGAAGCAUAUUGGCAUCCUGUUUGAAAUCAUUCUUAUUUCAGAGCACAUCCUGGGAAAUUAUACUGAAAAGUUUUACAGAAAUCUACAAAGUAAUGCAAUAAGUUCAGGAGAUAUUUCAUACAAGUAAAGAACGUUUAUUUUAUUAUGAGUUUACAGGCUUGCACUUUGAUUCACUCUUAGUUUUCUUGUUUUAUCCAUGUAUGUAGUUCAUGUCAUGCAAUAGAGCUUAACGAAUAUUUCUAACAUUGUUUAACAAGCACGACAAAUUUCAGUAUUUGAUUACUUUUGUUCUAAGGCUCUCUUGCACAGGUAAAGGAGGUUUAUUAAUAUUUGCAAACUAACUUAAAUUUCAUAGUCCUUAUUAAAAUAACAGCAAUUAUUUUUCAUUCUUUGUUUACCUCCAAUAAUUUGGUGGCACAUUUCACAGAUAUGUGGGGAGAUCCAGUGUACUUCUUUUGAUUUUUGCCAUGAUGUUAUAUGCUAUGGAUUAUAACAUAAUGAGUUGUUGGGUUUAUUUAAUAAGAUUGAUGGGCCAUGUGCUUAUAUCUGAUAAGAACUGAUAUCUGAAGAGGAAAACUCCUGCAUACUAAUGGAAUGUAUAGUGUCUCAUCAGUGUCUGCUUUGAUAUAUUCUGUGGUAUGUUCUAUUUAUCCCGGUAGGCAAAAGUUGAUUAAGUAACCUGUUGCUGUUUUGUAAUUCCAUCUGGUUUUCUAAUUUUUUAAUAAUUAAAAAUUGCCACAUUAAAAAUAUAAAUAUAAAUCUUUAGAAAGUGUGGUGAAACAUUGAUAUUAUCUGAGACUCUUACCUUUAUCACUUUAUAAAGCACCAGCAUGACUGAUCCAAACAGAAAAAGGGUCGUAUAAACUCCUCCCAGAGACUCAGUUGAAAUGUUGUUGAACAACUCAGAAAGAAAUUUCUAUCCAGGUCUCUGAAACAGUGGCUUCACCCACAUUCCCACUGGUUCCUAAUUUGAAAGUACUUCAGAAUAUUUCAUUUGUUUAAAUGUUUCCUUACAGAGUCUUUUAUUCUAACAGUUAUUUUAAUUUAUAAACACUGCCUGUAAAUUUGUGUACGUCAUGUGAAUCUUGGUGGCGUGACUGCAACAUCUCCAGAAAAUGGUUUCUUACUGUUUUCCAUUUUCAUUUUAAAAGUUCCUGUGCACCUAAUAUUCUCAGUGUGUACUGUUCAUACUGUUUCACAGAAAAAUGAAAAUCUGAAAUACAAGGAUUUGAAGUACGUUACUGAGUAACUCUUUAAGAUGAUUCAAUUCAUUUAGAUAAAUGCAUCACACUUUAUUAUUUUUUAAGUAUUGUAUUCAGACACUAAGAAGUGUUGGAUCUGUGCAAGAUCUGUAAUCAUACUCACAUGUUCGCACGUGGCAAAGUCUUCUUUAAUUGCCUGCCACGUUUCUCAGUGCACACUGUGACAAACUGAACUUAGAGAAUGGAGGCUUUUUUUUUUGAAUGCUGCUAUUCCAUUUAUCUUCUCUUUCCUCAAAUUUUGUUGCAUUCUUUGUUACAUACUGUCCAAAACCUAUUAUUUUUUUCAUGGACUUUUCUGCAUUACCCGUUAUAUUUACUGCUGGGAUAUAUACAACUUUAUUCAUUUAUAUUCUGAGCAUCUCUGUUAAGGCUUUUCAGAGGAGGAAAAAAAAUAAAAGGGGAAAAUGGAGGAGGAGAAGGAAGGGAGGGGUGUCAGCAUUUGUUACUCAGAAUAAGCUUAAGUCUCUAAGUAAGCACUACCUGAGUUUUAUUCUGUGUAUGGAUUCUGGUUAAUGCAAAUAUGUGAAAGUGCAUUUUUCUGUUAUUGACUGCAUCCUUUGCAAACUUUUUGUCCAGACAUUUUAGUCAAACAAACUAUUGUUACUGAAACUACUACACAGUGGAAAACUUGUCCCAGUUAAUUUUUUUUUAAACAGCAGAAGGUCUCUAAAAGCAGUUCUCAGGACAUGGUUCUUAAUUACACCCCUUUAACUAAGCCGAUAUUUUUGCCCAGUUAAUUGACAUAGACUUCUUCUCUGUUGCUUCUCUUGGAAGAUAAUAUAUAGGGAUAUUAAUUAAGCUCUUCCCGUGAAGUCUGCUUUACUUCCUUUGGAGUAUCUCUUUUUAUUUGAAGACAAACAAGCUGUUCUCUUACUUGCUAACAUUUCUUCAAAAGACAUUUAAUUUAUUGACUGCUUGGGUGGCACAAUGUUUCUUCAGACACCUAGAAAGAUGUUUGCAAUAAAUAUCACUCAAGUCUGUCUGGC